AUGAGUGGGCUGGGCGCGCAGAAGACCAGCGAUGGCACCGUGUCUCGCCUGCUCAACGUGGUGGAGAGCGAGCUUCAGGCAGGGAGGGAAAAGGGCGACCCCACGGAGCAGCAGCUGCAGGUCAUCCUGGAGGACGCCCCGCUCUGGCAGAGGUUCAAGGAAGUCACCAACGAGAUGAUCGUGACCAAGAAUGGCCGACGGAUGUUCCCCGUUCUAAAGAUCAGCGUCACCGGGCUGGACCCCAACGCCAUGUACUCCCUCCUGCUGGACUUUGUCCCGACGGACAGCCACCGCUGGAAGUAUGUCAACGGGGAGUGGGUGCCCGCGGGCAAGCCAGAGGCCCCCGGCCACAGCUGCGUCUACAUCCACCCGGACUCGCCCAACUUCGGGGCCCACUGGAUGAAGGCGCCGGUCUCCUUCAGCAAAGUCAAGCUCACCAACAAACACAGUGGAGGGGGGCAGAUCACAGCUCUGAAAAUCAAGUACAACCCCUUUGCCAAAGCCUUCCUGGAUGCCAAGGAAAGCCCCUACCCGUGCCUGUGGACCAUCAGCAACGGCGGCGGGGGCCCUGCGGGGCCAGGCGCAGAGGUUCACGCCGCGUCCCCGGGGGCCUUUCUGCUGGGGAGCCCGGCGGUGGCGUCGCCGCUCCCCGCUCCGGCGCCCGCCUCGGCUGCUGUGGAGGUCCUGGGGGAGCCGUCGCUGACCAGCAUCGCCGUGUCCACCUGGACCGCAGUGGCCUCGCAUCCCUUCCCGGGCUGGGCCGGCUCGGGCGGCGGCGGGCGCUGUUCUCCCUCCUCGCUGGACGGUUAG